AUGGUAGACAAUCAAGAUAUAAACAUUUUUUUUGCAUCCAAUUUACCUUAUGACGUUACAGAAAAUAGUUUAAAAGAAUUUUUUUCUCCACACCUUAAUCUUGCAUUCACUAACUUGAAAAGGACAAAGUAUGGAGUAAAAAGCAGUUAUGGCUAUUUGCAUUUCAGAAAUAAAAAAGAAGAUGUAAUUUCAUUUAUUGAAAAUAAUAUAUAUCAAAACCACAAAAUAUGGAUUGAUAUAUUUCAGGGUGGAGUGUGUGAACAAGAGGAUAUUGAAAAGGAUGAUGAAAAUAGCAAUGAUGGAAAAAGUCAGGAAAAUGACAAUGUUAAUCCAGAAAUUUGGAAAAAUGUACAAUUUGAUAAAAAAAAAAUGGAAAUAAUAAACAAAAAUGGAGAUAUAACAAAAUAUGGACAAUCAAUAAUUGAAAAUAUGAAUAUGUAUGAUAUUAUAUUAAUAAUAAAUAAAUUACAAGAGUUAAUUCGUGCAUCUCCACAAACAGCUAUUAAUAUGUUAAAUGAAAAUAAAAAAAUAUAUUAUUCAUUUGUUCAUGCACUUUUUCUUUUGGGUAUUUUAAACAUUGAUGCUAAUAAAUUAAAUGAUGAAGAACUAACAUUAUCAAAAUUUUAUAAAAUUAAAAAUCGAUUACAAUAUUUAUUUUUAAAUAAAAAAGAAAACAAUGGAAUAAAUAACACCUUUGAAGAAAAUAUGAUAUCUGAGAGUAAAAUAAAUGAAAAUAGUAACAUACAAAAUAAAUUAGAUAAUUGGAAUGAAGAAAAUUGUCCUAAUUCUUUAUACAAUAUUAUAAAAAAGAAAAGAAAUGAUAAUUAUAAAGAACAAAAUGAAUAUGGAUUAUAUUUAAAUGAUAAAAAAAAGAUAAAAAACAAAACAAAUGAAUUAAAUAAUAAUCAAGAAUAUGAAAAUUAUUAUUAUGAAAUAGAUUCAAAUAAAAAUAAUGAAGGAAAUGAAUUAAUUCCUAAUAGUUAUGGAAAUGUUCUAUAUUCAUUUAUUAGUAGCGCAUCUAACAAAACAAAUAUAAACGAAUAUAAAGACUAUAAUUACAUAGAAAAUAAAAUACAAUAUAAUAAAAAUGAUACAAAUAAAUCGGGGUUAUAUGGAAAAGGAUUAUAUUCAUCCAGCAAUAAAAAUAAAAAAGUGAAAAAUAAUCUAAAUAUUGAUCAAACAUAUUAUAAUAAUAUAGAAAAUAAUGAAAAAGAAAAUAAAACUAAUGGAUAUGAUGAAGAUGCAUCUAAUAUUAACUCAAAUCAAAAUCAUUCACAAGUUAAAGGUUUUGAUUUUGGAAAAAAUUUAAUAAAAAGAAUUAAUAUAUCAAAUAACCAACGAAGAGGAAUCAAACUAAUUAAUAGAACAAAUAGCGGAGAUAAUAUUGAAGAAAAUGUAAUUAAAAUAAAAAAUGUAUAUAAUAUUCAAGAAGAAAUAAAUAAAAAAGAUAAACCUAAAAAAAAAAAAUUUGAAAAUAAAGUAAAUACAAGUCUUAAAAAAGUAUUAGAAAAAAUAAACCUUACAAUUAAUGCAAUUCCAGAAGCAGAAGAACAAUUAGUAAAAGAAGUUAUAAAUCAAAAAGAUAUUCUUCAAAAUAUAUUAGCUAGUAAAUAUUCAGACAUGCUAAAAUGGAAUAAUGAGCAAGCAUUACGGGUAUUAUCUCUCAGGAAAUCUCUUAAAAAAAAGGGAUAUACAAUUACUGGGCCUAUAUAG